AUGGCGAGUGUUGCAAGUCGAAAUUUAUUCGACCUACUUGUCGAUAAUGAAGAGGAUGUCGAGUCUGUUAUGCCAGAAAAGGAAACUACAAGGGAAGUUGUUGUUCAAAAAAAAGUAGAUAGGUCUCGUGCAAGUCCUAAAGAAGCUAGAAUUCGACACGAAUAUCCCCUACGUGGAGGGUUUAAAGCCUCUCCCGUUAAUAACCGAAGCGAAGACACAAGAUCUAGUGGUGGGGAUUUUCCUGGCAGAAGUUCACGUGGGGCUCGAACUGCUGAAAGAGGUCGUGGUGGCGGCCGAGGUGGUCGUCGCGGACGUGAACAUGAUCGUCAUAGUAGCACAGGCAGAUUUGACAGCGACAAAAAAGAAACUCAAGCUUGGGGGAACCCUUCCACUUCUUGGGAGAAUAAUGAGCAAACUGAGUCAACUGUACCUGAUCCCAACGUCACUUCCAGCUGGGGUGGUAAUGGAACUACAGAAAAUUCAGGUGAUGCUACUGAAGCCAAAAGUGGAUGGAACGCUGAUAAUGAAACAACUACUAAAUCAGGCUGGGAUGCCCCUGAUGAAUCUCCUACGAGUUUAGAAGCAGCUGUUGGAGGUGGUGAAAUUGUUCCACCUGCAGAUUGGGAAGAAAGUAAAGGUGAGCAACCUGCCUGGGAAGCCAAAGAAGACGAAACUGCUAAUGAAGAACCUGCUCCUAUUGUCGAAGAGGAGGUAAAAACUUUUGAUGAAUACCUUGCCGAGAAAGCUCAAAAAUCUCUCGAUAUUUCUCUACCCGAAGUUAGAAGAGCAAAUGAGGGAGCUGAUGAUUCCCAAUGGAAAGAUGCUGUUCCUCUAGAAAAAGAUGACGAAGAAGACAUGCUUUUUGCUGGAAAAGAGCACUCAACUAGACUCAAAUCUAAAAAGUCCAAAGCUAAAAACUAUCUUGAAAUCGAACAAACUUUUAUCGAAAGAUCUGGAGCAUUUCCGAGCCUUGGUGCUGCGUAG